CCUAGUUGGCCAGCCUACUCUAACUCUCGAAGGAGAAGCUCAGACCAGAGCUCGUUGGUGUCAAGCAGCGACGGGAUUGGCGGCGUUUGAAGGAAGAGAGGAGUUCUUGAGUUCUUUGGGUCAGAUAUCGCGGGACUGGCGGCGUGUGAAGGAGAGGAGAACUUCGUGAUGGUAGUGGCUGGAUGAAGAGAUGCCGUGCAUUUAAGUUAAAUCCGUGGAAGGGAGAAGCCUGAUUUAACCUGCUAUAAUUCUGUCUCAAAUACUGUUUCCAAACAGCUCUUAGGAGAAAUAAUGGGGGAAUCACUUUCUGUUCCGGAUCAAGAAUUGCUCUAGGUGGGUUGGCUUUCCCUCUUCGUUUUCUUCGUUGCCGUUCGCGUGAGGUAGGGCUUACCUUUUCGGCUUCGCUGGUUCGCGUGGGGCAAAGCUUCCAAUGAGUCGCUUGCCAUUGCCUGUCGAGGGUUUGCUUUUCCUCUUCUGCAUUUAUUCGUUGCUGUUCCGCUUCGCGUGAAGUAAGUUAUAAAAGAGUCGAAUCUUCUCCGCCUUCUCCUCCGACGUUGUUUCUGUCGAAUCGGAAGUCGCGCCGGAGCUCGCUGCGAAGGUAACCAUAUUUCUCCUCUUUCGCGCGCUUCUUCUGUCGGAUUUACGAAAUCUGCAAAAAGUCGGAUUUACGAAAUCCGGGAUUCAGGGCAAAUAUGGCUAAAACGAAGUGAAGUAGAGAUUAGAGAUCUAACUUUGUAUUUUUUUGGCGUUUGGCACGAUUUGGCUUAAAUCUUGCCUAAAUCCCUGCAUCCAAACCGGCCCUACAUCUUUUCUCUCAGAGCCUUAAUGUUCACGGCUUUUUUCAAUCAUGACUGGAGGAGGUAGGCGUUGGGAAAGUUCGAAUUCUCGAAGAAAUCCAUCAAAGCAGAAGCUCCGGCUUUCCGCCGAAGAGGUUCUUGAAAGCAAGUUUGGCUUUGAUCUCUUCACUGAAGGAGAGAAGAGACUAGGAUGGCUGCUAACCCUCGCUUCAUCUUCAUGGGAGGAACAGGGUACAUGUAACAUACAUAGCUGCGUGGAUCUAUUCUUUGUUUGCCAGGAUGGAUCCAAAUUCAAGGCUAAGUACGUGUUUCAACCUUAUUUCUAUGUUGCAACCAAGGAAAAAAUGCAAUUAGAGGUGGAUGCAUAUCUCCGUCGGCGCUAUGAAGGCCAAAUCUCAAAUAUUGAGAUUAUGGAAAAAGAAGAUUUAGAUUUGAAAAACCAUCUCUCAGGUUUGUGCGGAUCAUACUUGAAGGUAAGCUUUGAUACGGUCCAACAACUGACACAUGUCAGGAAUGAUCUCUUACAUGUUGUUGAAAGGAACCAAGCAAGAUUGGGUGCUGCAGAAGCAUAUGAAUCCAUAUAUGGUGGCAAAGGCAAGGAGAGGCCACAAGAUUAUGUUGAUUGUAUCACUGACCUUCGUGAAUAUGAUGUCCCUUACCAUGUUCGUUUUGCAAUUGAUAAUGAUGUUAGAUGCGGACAGUGGUAUGAUGUAAGUGUAUCCAGCAGGGGUCUAAUAGUGGAAAAAAGAACUGAUCUUCUUCAACGAGCUGAAGUUCAUGUUUGUGCAUUUGAUAUUGAGACCACAAAACUUCCUCUAAAGUUUCCAGAUGCGGAGUAUGAUCAGAUAAUGAUGGUGUCAUAUAUGAUAGAUGCAAAAGGUUAUCUAAUAAUUAAUAGAGAGUUUGUGGGAGCAGAUAUUGAGGAUUUGGAAUAUACACCAAAACCAGAAUUCGAAGGUUGUUUUAAUGUGAAAAAUGUGGAAAACGAGGUAGAGCUUCUCAAACUCUGGUUUGCACACAUGCAGGAGGUAAAACCUGGUAUUUAUGUCACCUACAAUGGUGAUUUCUUUGACUGGCCGUUUUUGGAAAAACGAGCUGCUCAUUAUGGGAUUAAAAUGAGUGAGGAAAUAGGAUUCCAGCAUGAUAAUAUUCAGGGAGAAUGUCGUGCUAAAUUUUCAUGCCAUUUGGAUUGCUUUGCUUGGGUCAAACGUGACAGUUAUCUGCCUCAGGGAAGCCAGGGUUUAAAGGCUGUCACGAAAGCCAAGUUAGGUUAUGAUCCAUUGGAGGUCAACCCUGAAGAUAUGGUUCGUUUUGCGAGGGAUAAACCUCAGACGAUGGCUUCCUAUUCUGUUUCAGAUGCUGUGGCAACUUACUACCUUUAUAUGACUUACGUCCACCCGUUUAUUUUCUCACUUGCAACCAUAAUUCCCAUGCCUCCGGAUGAAGUUCUACGGAAAGGAAGUGGGACCCUAUGUGAAAUGCUUCUGAUGGUACAGGCAUACAGGGCCAACGUGAUAUGUCCCAACAAACAUCGGGAGGAUCAUGAGAAAUUCCACAACAACAGGCUUCUAGAAAGCGAAACAUAUAUUGGAGGCCAUGUUGAAUGCCUUGAAUGUGGUGUUUUUAGAGCAGAUCUACCUACAAAAUUUCAGCUUGAUUCAGCUUCAUAUGAGCAACUAAUCAAUAAUCUUGAUCGUGAUCUGCAAUAUGCAAUCAGAGUUGAGGGGAAAGUUGAUGUUGAUUCUAUUGCAAACUAUGAUGAUGUAAAAAAUGCUAUAUUGGAUAAGCUUAUGUUGUUGCGAGACCAUCCGAUGCGUGAGGAAUGCCCUUUGAUCUAUCAUUUAGACGUUGCUGCAAUGUAUCCAAACAUCAUUUUGACAAACAGACUCCAGCCACCAUCAAUAGUUUCAGAUGUGGUAUGCACAGCAUGUGAUUUCAAUCGUCCUGGAAAGAAUUGUCUCCGGAAGCUUGAAUGGGUUUGGCGUGGGGAAACUUACAUGGCGAAAAAAAGUGAUUAUUAUCAUAUGAAAAAGCAAAUAGAGUCAGAACUUGUCGAAUCAAAUGAAAGCCAUACUCCAAGGCCCUUUAUUGAACUGCCGAAGGCAGAACAACAGUUGAAGCUGAAAGAGCGCCUGAAGAAGUACUGUCAAAAGGCUUAUAAACGGGUUCUUGACAAACCUGUGAUGGAGGUUCGAGAAGCCAGCAUUUGCAUGCGGGAAAAUCCCUUCUAUGUCAAUACAGUUCGAAGUUUUCGAGAUAGAAGAUAUGAAUAUAAGGGGCUGAACAAAGUUUGGAAGGGAAAAUUGGCAGAUGCAAAAGCCAGUAGAAAUUCAAUGAAGAUCCAGGAAGCACAGGACAUGGUUAUUCUUUAUGAUUCCUUACAGCUUGCUCAUAAAUGCAUACUCAAUUCAUUUUAUGGUUAUGUCAUGCGCAAGGGUGCAAGAUGGUACUCAAUGGAAAUGGCAGGCGUUGUUACCUACACUGGGGCAAAGAUCAUUCAAAAUGCUCGCUUGCUUGUUGAAAAGAUUGGAAGGCCGCUUGAACUGGAUACAGAUGGCAUCUGGUGUGCUCUUCCAGGGUCUUUCCCGGAGAACUUCACAUUUAAAAUAAUAGAUGCAAAUAGAAAGUUCACUAUUUCAUAUCCAUGCGUCAUGCUUAAUGUUGAUGUUGCAAGAAAUAACACCAAUGAUCAAUAUCAGACACUUAUGGACCCUAUUACUAAGACAUAUGCUACACACAGUGAAUGCUCCAUUGAGUUCGAAGUGGAUGGACCUUACAAAGCAAUGAUCAUUCCAGCUUCAAAGGAAGAAGGAAUCUUAAUUAAGAAGAGAUAUGCAGUUUUUAAUCAUGAUGGAAGCUUAGCGGAACUGAAAGGUUUUGAAAUCAAGCGAAGAGGGGAGCUGAAGCUCAUAAAAGUAUUCCAGGCUGAAGUUUUUGACAAGUUUCUGCAAGGUUUGACUUUAGAGGAAUGCUAUGCAGCUGUUGCAGCAGUCGCUAAUCGAUGGCUAGACCUUUUAGAUAAUCAAGGGAUAGAUAUUGCUGAUGGUGAGUUGCUUGAUUAUAUAUCAGAAUCAAGCACCAUGAGCAAAUCUUUAGUUGAUUAUGGGGAACAGAAAUCUUGUGCUGUGACUACUGCUCGACGCCUUGCUGAUUUUCUUGGUGAUACCAUGGUCAAAGACAAGGGCCUACAUUGUCAAUAUAUUGUUGCCUGUGAACCACAGGGUACUCCAGUAAGUGAACGUGCUAUCCCUGUUGCCAUAUUUGGAGCUGAGGCAGAAAUCGAAAGGUUUUAUCUGCGUAAAUGGUGUAAAGUUUCAUCUGGUGUGGGCAUUCGAUAUAUUGUCGACUGGUCUUAUUAUAAGCAGCGUCUUUCUUCAGCCAUUCAAAAGAUCAUUACCAUUCCUGCUGCAAUGCAGAAGGUCUCUAAUCCUGUUCCAAGAGUGUUGCAUCCGGAAUGGCUGCACAAAAAAGUCCGUGAGAAGGAGGAUCGGUUUCGCCAGCGUAAACUAGUUGAUAUUUUCAGUACAAGAAGGAAAAAUUCGAAUGAUGCAAGUGUUAGAGACUUAGAAGACAUUGUAAACAGCGGAAAUAGUUUAAUAAGUGGGCCUCAGGUUGUAGUUCUUGACACCAAGGUUAACAAAGAAAGUCAUUUGGUAAAACAAUCUUUUCAAGCAAAUGGGUUGAACAUGUCACAAGAGCCUUUAAUUGAACUGAAUCAUAAAGAUGCUUCUGGAGAAAGCAUUGAUAGAAAUGUUGAUUAUCAAGGUUGGCUUGCGAUCAAGAAAAGAAAGUGGAAAACAACUCUUGAAAAAAGAAAGAAGAGAAGAUUAGUUGGAAUGAAUGAAUCACAUCAGUCUGCUGCUGCUACUAAAUUGCCCGUGUCUUCUGUAAGCUACAAGCAUACUAGAGAAAAGAAUGGAUUGAAUUCAUUCUUCAGAAAAAAUGAGUUAGCCCUUCUUAAAUCGCACUGGCAGGUAAUACAAUUUGUCUCAAGUACAAAACCUGGUUUCUUCCUGGCCUGGAUAGUCGUGGAUGGUGUCAUGCUUAAGAUCAACCUAGACGUUCCUAGAAUAUUUUAUCUCAAUUCUAAAGCACCUGUGACUGAGGAAUUUCCUGGAAGACGUGUGAAUAAAAUUCUUCCUCAUAGUCGACCUACUUUCAAUCUCAUCGAGGUUGUAAUUGACGAGGAACAAUUCCGGGCUGAAAGCAAAAAACUUGCUAGUCACUUGGCAGAUCCAGAAGUUGAGGGAAUAUAUGAGACAAAGGUGCCCCUAGAAUUUAAUGCAGUCCUCCAGAUUGGUUGUGUUUGCCAGGUGGACAAGGUUGCCAAAGCUCGAAAUGCACAGGAUAGCUGGAAUUUAACUGAGUUGCAUAUGAAGACGACGACUGAAUGCUCCUAUUUGGAACAGAUUAUUUCCUUCUUUUAUUUGUAUCAUAGUUUAUCUGAAGGAAGGGCUAUUUAUGUACUAUAUUUUCAAGUAUCUGGAACAAUAUCUGUUGUAAUUGUCAACCCAUUUCAAAACAAAGAACUUUCUUCCUCUCUUCUUGAAAAACAAUUCCGGGAAGCUUGCCAAGCAAUGUCCUUGGAAUCUCACGUUCAGGCAUCCCAUGCAUCUGCGAAGGUGGAAUAUGUGCGUACAUUUGAAGCUGGGGAAAAGCUUGUGCAAAGAGUUUUAGUUGAAUACAGACAUCGGCAUCAUGGACCAACCGUUGCUGUCAUAGAAUGCCCAAAGGUUCAUGCUAUCAAAUCAGGGGUACGUGUUCUAGAUGAUUUUCCUUGCAUUAGCGUUCCUUGCAACACCCAGGACAGCAACUAUCAGGCUCUUGGAUGGCAAGUGACAGCUGGGAAAAUUGCCAUGCAAAGGUGUGCUGCAUCCUCCCGGUGGUUUGCUGAAAGAAUCCGACUAUCCAGAUAUGCACAUGUGCCAAUAGGAAAUUUUGAACUUGAUUGGCUCUUAUUUACGGCUGACAUCUUCUUUUCUAGAGCAUUGCGCGAUCAGCAGCAGCUACUUUGGGUAUCUGAUGAUGGCAUUCCAGAUUUAGGAGGUAUAUAUGAGGGAGAUACAUGCUUUGCUGAUGAAGUCAAUCAACCCGCUCUCACUUAUCCUGGAGCAUAUAGAAGGGUAGCUGUUGAAUUAAAGGUUCAUCACCUAGCUGUAAAUGCCCUACUUAAAAGUAGCCUGGUCGAUGAAAUGGAAGGAGGAUCAUUGUUCGGAUAUGAAUAUGACAUAAAUUAUGGAUCAGAUGCUAAUGAAGUUAGUGAUGAAGCUAGCUCAUGUGCACCUGCAUUUCGAGUGCUUAAGCAAUUAAUUCAAAGAUGUAUAUCUGAUGCUGUGGCUUCUGGAAAUGAAUAUGCUGAUGCUAUAUUGCAGCAUCUUUACCGGUGGCUUUGUAGCCCCAUGUCAAAACUUCAUGACCCUGCACUUCAUCGAGUUCUACACAAGAUCAUGAAGAAAGUAUUUGCUCUGCUUUUGGCCGAGUUCCAGAAGCUAGGAGCUACUAUCAUCUUUGCUGAUUUCUCUAAGAUUAUUAUAGACACUGGAAAGCUAGAUAUGUUGGCAGCAAGUGCUUAUUGUGACUGUCUGAUCAAAACCCUACAAACAAGGGAUCUUUUUGAAUGGAUUGAACUUGAACCUCUUCACUUCUGGCAUUCACUGUUAUUUAUGGAUCAGCAUAACUUUGGAGGGAUCCAGGCAAAAUCAUCUACUGAUUCUGUUGCAGAAAAUGUUGAUUGUGACUCACAAGUAGACAUUGUUUCUAGUUGGAGCAUAGCUGAUUAUUUGCCAAAAGUGACUCAGGACCAUUUUGUUUUGAUUGUUUCUGAAUUCUUAUAUCUCCCAUGGAAACAUUUAAAAGCCCAAAUUGCGAAUUUCAACAUCAGAAGAGAUGCUACCACCUCUACUCAGUCAAUUACUGUUUCAACUGCUGAAACUCUUGAAUCCUCUGUUAACGAAUAUCUGAAAGACCAGAUUAGCUGCUAUUUCUCUGACAAACUCCUGAAGAUUGUUUGCGAUACACUUCAGCAUUUUAAGGGAAAAAACAAUGUUGAUGUUGAUAAUACAGAAACUCAUGUCUUCAAACAUUUUGAUUCCUCUCAUUCAAACAAAGGCAAUGCCGCAUUAGAGUUUAUUAAACAUGUCUGUGCUGUACUUGCACUUGAUCAGAAUGUUCAAAAUGAUAUCCUGAGAUUGAGGAAGAACCUUUUGAAGUUAGUUCGGGUGAGAGAGUUUGCCCCAGAAGCACAAUUCUGUGACCCAUGCCUAUCUUUCACUCUGCCAAAUGUAAUUUGCAGCUAUUGUAACGACUGCAGGGACCUCGACUUGUGUCGCGAUCCAACACUCUUAGACCAAGAAUGGCGUUGUGCCGUACCACACUGUGGGCUUCCAUACGACCUUGAACAGAUGGAGAAUGCCCUCCUUCAGAUCGUUCGACAGAGAGAAAGGCUUUACCAUCUACAAGAUUUGGUCUGCCUGAAGUGCAGGCAAGUUAAGGCCGUGCACUUAGCCGAGCAAUGUGGGUGCGGCGGCCAGUUCAGGUGCGUCGAAGAUUCGUCCCAAUUCUUAAGCAAAAUGAAGGUUAUUAUGAGCAUCGCAUGCCGCCAUAAACUCCAGCUGCUCAAGGAUUGCACCUCAUGGAUAUUGGAAGUUAAGCAGUAACUGAAAUACAUUUUAUGCAUAGGCAAUCUUAAGAAUCUGCCUACCAUGCAGCGGCGUGCGCUACAUUUGAUGUACAGAUGUUCCCUUCAACAUUUUAAACUAUUUAAAUUAUGGUUUGUAACCUUAUUUAGUUUAGAAUGUAUAUUAUUUAUGUAAAAAACGAAAAAAAUAAAAAUAUUCAUAUGGGCUGAAAACCUGGAAUGAGAGGGAGGCAAAGCUUCCAUUUUUUGCUGCAAGAUAAUUUAGCGUUUGAACUUUCAAA